UUGGGUCGUAAAUAAUGUCUAGGUGAUCCUCUCAUCCUCCACGAUGCCUAACAACAGAAGGAAUGACCUCCAUGCGGCUAAUCGGAAUUUCUGUGUUAUUUUGGCCUUUCUGACCGUGUUAAUCAUUACCUUAAUCAGUGUGGUGAUUUAUCUCUCAGUUAAAAAUAGCGACACCGAAGAAGACAAUUCUUCAACGAUGAUUACAAGUUCUCUAUUUGGAACUCAUAAAGGAAAAGAGGUCUUACAGUAUACGUUAAGGAAUACUAAAGGGACAGAGAUACGCAUUCUGAACUAUGGAGGAAUUAUUACAAAUAUUUGGGUACCAGACAAGAGUGGAAAAAUGGAUGACAUUUGUCUUGGCUUUGAUGACAUGGAAGGAUAUGCAACAAAUGGUCCGUAUUUUGGAGCUCUGAUCGGGCGUUAUGCUAACAGAAUAGCAAAUGGCCGUUUUAGCAUUGAUGGAAAAACAUACCAGUUAGUCACGAAUAACGGUCCGAAUGCCCUACAUGGAGGAAAAGUUGGAUUCGAUAAAAGAGUCUGGAAUUCGGAGAUCGACGGUGACGUCCUGCGAUUGACCUAUGUCAGCGCUGAUGGAGAGGAGAACUACCCGGGAGAGGUGAAGGUCACCGUCAGGUACCAGCUGACCAAUGACAAUGAACUGGUCAUUCAGUAUUCAGCUACUACAUCAGCAAAAACUGUCAUUAAUCUCACAAACCACGCCUACUUUAAUUUGGCGGGACAGGGUUCUGGGGACAUUUUUGGCCACAAUGUAACCAUAAUGGCUGAUAAAUACACACCGGUGGAUUCUACCUCCAUUCCUACAGGAGUUAUAGAGAAUGUAGAUGGAACACCCUGGGACUUGCGCACCAAAAAGAACCUUGGAGAAAUGAUUCCAUCUGUCCCCGGGGAUGUGGGGUACGAUCAUAACUACUGCUUUGGAAAAACUGGAUGGCGGAAAUACAUGGCCAGGGUGGAACAUCCAACCACAGGUAGAUACCUAGAAAUGUUCAGCACUGAACCAGGUGUUCAGUUUUAUACGUCAUACUACCUAAACGAAACCGGAAAGGGCGGGGCCAAGUAUGGGAAAUUUGAUGCCUUUUGUCUUGAAGCACAGCAUUAUCCAGAUAGUCCAAACAAACCAAAUUUUCCUACAACAUUACUGGCUCCAUCGGAGACGUAUCUACAAACCACCACAUACAAUUUCGGUGUAAUGUGAUCUCAUAAUAUUGUAUUACAUAUUUUUCAUCAUUCCUUUCUUUUGUAUUAGAUUUAAGUAUAGUACCAUUAAAUUGUUAAUAAAUCAA